GGCAACCAGAAAGCGCGAGGCGAAGCGGAACGAGCUGCGGAGAUUAGAGUUUUUGCGCUGCGCUCCCCGGGCGCAGGAAAAUCAGAGUCCGCCGUCACCUGCCAGGAGACCCCCCGCCGAGCCCGAGAAGAGAGACAGAGGCUGGCACGGUAACGGAGGACGGUUUACACCCAGACUGUAGAUCAGCGAGCCAAGCACAGGAGCACCGAAGCGGCCGCCGCAUCGCUCCCCAGCCUCUCCUGUGGAAGAAAUCCGGUCCUGAUCAGGAAAAAGAGCGUUCAGAGAAGCCGGUGCUCAACAAGAAGCAGAGGAGGGUGAACGGAGGAGACGCUCUGAAUACAGCUCAAGAGAAUCGGAUGAAAACGGAGGAAUUAUUUCAACAUUUGGACUAAGUCAGGCUGUGGAUUCUUCUCUUGUUUUUGUUGGAGAGCGAUUGAUUGAAACUGACAUUAAGCUUUUGAGAGUCACACUAAAGUCGGACCUUAACAUCUGCCUAAAAGAUGAAAGGCUGGAGGCUUUUUUCUCUUCGCGAGUGCUUUGACUGCCAAGUUUGAAAAGUACUGUGGGAAUCUAAGUGGAUUUUUUUUUCACUUUUCAUAUUCUGUUGUGGUUAUCUGUUAUCUCAGUCUCUGUUUUGCUGAUAAGGUUUUGUUUCCAAUCAAACAAAAAAGAGGAGGGAGACUGUUUCUCAAGUUUCUCAGCCUCAAACCGGAGUAGCAUUUGCAUUCCAGUUUGGCUUCACAAGUGGACAAAUCCUCCCUUGUGUGUCUGAUAGAGUGUGUGUUUGACUAGUUCAGAGUCCCUCGGUACAAGGGGACAAUAACCGACCCUGUCUGUCUCUUCUGGGAAAAAUGGGAUCAGAAAAGGACUCAGAGUCGCCUCACUCCUCGGUGAGUGGCGUUCCCAACCCUAAGUGCCGUGCGCCGGGCAAGCGCCAGGGCCGCAUCUCCUUCCACAGCCUCUUCCACGGUAAACGGAGCUCUCGGGGAACCAGGGCCCCCAAAGGAGGAGCGGCCACCCCUUUAUCUCAUCAUCACCAACAUCACCACACACAACAACAACUGCAUCCUUCCGCCUUGAGUUCUGCAGCUGCUGCAGCUGCUGCUAACCCCACCACAACCACCACGGCCACAACCGCCACGACCCCCCAGGAUGCAGCCUCCGGCACUCCCUCAAAGCCACUCUCCUCCAGCCAGCCGUCUCUGGGUGGAGGCGCUUCCUCCGGGGAGACCAAUCUCCUGGAGUGUCCCCUGUGCCUGGUGCGUCAGCCCGCUGACCAGCUCCCCGAGCUGCUGGGCUGCAGCCACCGAUCCUGCCUCUGCUGCCUGCGCCAGUACCUCCGCAUUGAAAUCACAGAGAGCCGAGUCCAGCUCAGCUGCCCCGAGUGUGCCGAGAGGCUGGCCCCGCGGCAGGUGGCCGACAUCUUGGAUGAUGCGGCCCUGAUGGAGAAGUAUGAGGAAUUCCUACUGAGGAGGUGCCUCGCUUCUGAUCCGGAUUGUCGAUGGUGCCCGGCGCCCGACUGCGGGUUCGCCGUCAUCGCCUCGGGCUGUGCCAGCUGUCCCCGGCUGGUUUGUCGCAGAGAAGGCUGCGGCGCGGAGUUUUGCUACCACUGCAAACAGGCCUGGCACCCCAACCAGACCUGCGACUCGGCCCGCCAGCAGAGGGCGCAAUCUCUGCACACCCACAGCAACCACUCGCCCAGCUACACGCAGGAGCAAGGACCCGCUGAUGACAUCAAGCCAUGCCCCCGCUGUGGCGCCUACAUCAUCAAGAUGAACGACGGGAGCUGCAAUCACAUGACCUGUGCCGUCUGCGGCUGCGAGUUCUGCUGGCUCUGCAUGAAGGAGAUCUCCGAUCUGCACUACCUCAGUCCAUCUGGCUGCACCUUCUGGGGCAAGAAGCCGUGGAGCAGGAAGAAGAAGAUUUUGUGGCAGUUGGGAACUCUGAUCGGAAUAUCCAUUAACCGCCACCUCCUCCUUUGUCAUGAAGCGUUUGUGUUAAACGGCGUGCGUCCCUCUCCUCUCCCACAGAUCCACGCCCACUACGAGCUGAAGAAGACGUCUCGUCACCGAAGGAAUCUGGCCAUCACGGGGGGCGUGGCCCUGUCAAUCAUCACCGCUCCUGUCAUCGCAGCCGUCAGCGUGGGCAUCGGUGUGCCCAUCAUGUUGGCCUACGUGUACGGUGUCGUGCCCAUCUCUCUGUGCAGAGGAGGUGGUUGUGGUGUGAGCAGAGGAAAAGGGCGCGGUGUGCGGAUCGACUUUGAUGAGGACGAUGGACCAAUCACAGUGGCGGACGCCUGGCGAGCCCUCAAGUCUCCGAGCCUCGGUGAGAGCAGUCUGGAAGGGGCGGUCAGCGGUCUUAGCACCACCUCUCCCAGCGAAGGGCUCUCCGUAGCCCCAGGGACUCUGGGCGACACUCCACACUUUAACACUCUGGCCAGUGGCGCUCUGGGGACUCGCACAAGCAAGUACAGCAGGCUGGAGGUUCAAGCAGGGGAACUUGCCAAAGAAUCAGCCCAGAGAGAGACGGGCAGACUGGGAGCCGGGAGCGACUGUGCCAGCACCCGAGGAAUGGCCGGAUCCAUCAUCUCCUCCUACACUCUACCUGACAGGGAGUGCACCAACCUGGAGAUCCAGGUGGACAUUGAGACCAAACCCAGCCAUCUCUGCCUGACCAGCGAAGAGGACUUAACCCCGCAUCCGGGCUGUGCUGCCAUGGCGACUGCCUCAGGAGGGGAGGAGCCUCAGGACUGCAGCUCCAGAAGGGGCGGGGCGUUGUCUGGCUCGGCACUGGGGCUGUCACCGGGAACGUCAAUCAGGGAGGGGCUCAGAGACGUCACCCUGGCUCAGCCGGAGAGCAUCCGCAGCGACCUGGAGAUGUCAGACACUCAGUCAGACGACAUCGCAGAGCUGACGUCGGACGACUGCGACUCUCCUCACCCGAAAAGCUGUCACCCGGCGGCCGGCCAGCAGCCCCAGCCCCCCUCGUGCCGAGCUGUGAACCCCUCCACCGAAGGCCUUCACUGUCCUGCAGACAGCAACGUCAUCCUCUACGUCUGAGAGAAAAGCAGCUCUCAGGAUUGCACAGAAACAACCCCGAACAUUUACAUUUAAACUUGUCACAGCUUUUUUUUUUCCUCGUGUCAUCUCUCGUUUGCUGCUUUUGCGACUCACAGACACCGUCUUAAACACAGACAGCAUCUGUUUACGUUGGUCUGUCUUCUCUUUCUACCUGCCAAUCUACUCUCUGAGCAAAUUGUCAGGGUUCUACCUCUGAGAUUUAUAAGAUGAUGAUUUAUGUUUACUCCUUGGUGCAAAAUGCCUUGGCUACUUAAGCAAAAAAA